GGUUGCUGCUGCUGUUGACAGUAUGGCGGUGGCUGUAGCCGAAUGUGCAGGAAGGAGGAAGUGUCAUUCAUGUUAGAAGAGCCGGGUUGUGUGUGCCCAGGGGAGGUCGGUGAGCGGGUCCCCGGCAUCCCGUGUGCUAGGAGAAGGGAGCCGGGGCGCCCAGCAUGUGCUGACUGAUUGCGAAACCUUCCGCCCGGCGCCAUGUCCUUCUUCCGCAGGAAAGUUAAAGGAAAAGACCAGGAGAAGCCAGACGCCAAAGCAUUUAAAGAUCCAGCACCUAUACCAGUACAUUCCCCAUCACGGAGCCCCAAAAACAAUGCCUUACUGGAGGCAGCUGGACCAAGCCAUGUGGCUAUCAAUGCCAUAUCGGCCAACAUGGACUCUUACUCGAGCAGCAGGACUGCUGCGCUUAAAAAGCAGCCCACUCAUAUGGAAGCAGAACACUUUGGAGACCUAGGUCGAUCUUGUCUGAAUUAUGAAUCCCAAGAUGCAAAGUCUAGCCUUUCAAAGACUCUGGCACAGGUGCUACAAGACAAUGUGGCCCUCCCUUAUUUUAUCCAAUUUAUGGAACUCCGCAGAAUGGAACAUUUAGUAAAGUUCUGGCUGGAGUCUAAGAGUUUUAAUUCCACUACCUGGUCCCGAAUACGAGCAUACAGUUUAAACACAGUCAAGCACAGCUCCCUGGCAGAACCAGUAUCUCCUGCUCCUAAACGGCCAGACUUGUCUGCAGCUUCAUCACUGGCGUCAGCUGAUAAACAAGCUCAAGAUUCUUCAAAAGUUCCACAGCACACAUCUAGGUUAAAAGGACUGAAUUCUCCUGCAAAGCAGGGCAGUACUUCAAAUCAUUUGCAGGCAAAACAGAAAGUUGGAAGAGCGCCGGCCAUCCAGUUAGAACUCUGCACAGAUCAAACAUUACCCUCGCAUGAGCAGUCUUCCGUGCUUAAUCCAUCAAACAGAGACAGCCCGGCAGAUGAAGGACUGAAAGACAUGUCACAAAAACUAAUGAAGAGUAUAGAGCGAGAUGCUGUAAAUACGUUCACCAAAUACAUUUCUCCAGAUGCUGCUAAACCCAUACCGAUCAGUGAGGAGAUCAGGAGUGAUAUCGUAGCUAAGAUCUGUGGCGAAGAUGGACAAGUGGACCCCAACUGCUUUGUUACAGCACAGUCCAUAGUAUUUAAUGCCAUGGAACAAGAGCACUUUCCUGAAUUUCUGCGCAGUCAGCAUUUCUGUAAAUAUCAGAUUGAAGUGUUGACCAGUGGAAUAGUUUACCUGUCAGAUAUACUGUUCUGUGAAUCAGCACUCUUUUACUUUUCAGAGUACAUGGAAAAAGAGGAUGCGGUUAACAUAUUGCAGUUCUGGUUGGCUGCUGACAACUUCCAGUCUCAACUUGCAGCUAAGAAUGGCCAGUAUGAUGGACAGGAGGCACAGAACGAUGCUAUGAUCCUCUAUGAUAAAUAUUUUUCACUGCAAGCAACACACCCUUUAGGCUUUGAUGACUUUGUGCGUCCGGAAAUAGAGUCCAACAUCUGCCGGGAGGGUGGCCCGCUCCCAAACUGCUUUACCACUCCGUUGCGUCAGGCUUGGACUACUAUGGAGACGGUCUUCUUGCCUGGUUUUCUCUCCAGCAAUCUGUAUUACAAGUACUUGAAUGAUCUGAUCCACUCAGUUCGAGGGGAAGACUAUAGUUGGAGUGCAGCGGGCAAUGCCAGCCAAGGGAGUCAAGGCACACCCAACCAUGAGCCAUAUUCAGGCUCCUCUGAGAACUCCAGCUCUCAGGUUAAUGUCAAGAAAAGCAAUGUAAAAAUUCUGAAAAAUUUUGAUGAAGCAAUAAUUGUUGAUGCUGCAAGCUUGGAUCCUGAGUCACUUUAUCAACGAACAUAUGCAGGCAAAAUGACUUUUGGGACAGUUAGUGAUCUGGGUCAGUUCAUCCGAGAGUCUGAACCUGAGCCCGAUGUGAAAAAAUCCAAAGGUUCAAUGUUCUCACAAGCUAUGAAGAAAUGGGUACAAGGAAGUACAGAUGAGGCUAAAGAAGAAAUGGCCUGGAAAAUAGCAAAAAUGAUUGUUAAUGAUGUCAUGCAGCAGGCACAGUGGAAUCCACCACCUGACAAAUGUACUAAGAUCUGAGAUCAGUUCCCUGGCUUUUCCUGAUUUCCUGUCUGUAGUGAAUCUAUUUCCUGCACUUAAAGGCACGGUAUUCUACUUGAGGAAAUCAUACAAAGCAAUGAAACAAAUAUCGGAGAAGAUGCAGCCUUCUGGAACAAGACACGUAUGAAGAGUGAAAGGAGCUGAUGUAUCCUGGUAACCUGACCAUAGUGGAAGAAAUUUCCUAUACCUUGAAGUUAUGUGCGGAGCACUUACCAAUAUGAAGGCGACAGAUAUAUGUGUGAAUACUGACCUCUCUGCCUAUGGGUGGAUGCAGAUACUUGACAAAUUGAAGAUUUAUGUGGUCUUAAUCAGGUUUUAAAAUGGAAUAUAAGUUUGCUACGUCCAUUCUCUAAGUUUUCAUUAUCACAUUAGUACUAGG